AUGGUCCUCGAAUAUAAUAGAGAUUUCUUUUCGUGCGUUCUAAGCGACGAGAAAGCCUUUUGUUUCAGCUCGAGUUGGGUAGUCGCUGGUAAAGCAGACCCUGUGUCACCCCCCAGAAUACACGUACAUCCAGAUAGCCCCGCCACUGGAGCUCAGUGGAUGAAACAAACAGUAUCAUUCGAUAAACUCAAAUUAACGAAUAACCAGUUGGAUGAUAAUGGGCAUAUAAUACUGAAUUCCAUGCAUCGAUACCAACCUAGAUUCCAUAUAGUUUACCUGCCACCCAAAAAUAGCAAUAUUUCUGAGGAACACUGCGGCGAUAACUUCAAAACUUUCGUUUUUCCGGAAACUUCCUUCACCGCUGUGACAGCAUAUCAGAACCAUAGGAUUACACAACUGAAAAUAGCGAGUAACCCUUUUGCCAAAGGCUUCAGAGACUGUGAUCCUGAUGAUGGGUAA